CUAAUUUUUCCCGCGGCAAGCAUUACAUUGCGUCUAAAAAUAACUUUCGAAGAUUGUCAAACGGAGGUCAAUUCGCGAUUUGUUGCAUCUUUAAUCGUGAACAUGUCGCCUCUUAACCCAAUCAUUUUGCCCCUCGUCCUGUUUGUUUUUUCAAGCACGAUUUUGGCUCUGAUUUGCAAGCAGUGUAACAUGGAUUGUGACGAUCCUUUGGACGAAUUGUGUCUCGAUCCUGGAGAGUUCCAACAAGUUGCUUGUUUGACCGAGAAGUUCAAAGACACACGUAACCGGACGUUUUUCCAAAGGAAAUGUGUGCUGUAUGAGAGGAAUACGAAAUUUGAAUGCCCAGAUUAUCCUCAAUACACCACUAUUUCUUGUGUGACUUGUAAAACGGAUCGGUGUAAUGGUGAAGCAAAUUUUGGCGGAAAAAUUCUCGUCAAUAUUUCAUACGACAAUUCCACCUCUUAGAAUUAUUACUUCAUUGAUUUCUUCUAAGUAAAUUGUGAUAAGGAAUCGUAUUACAAACACGCUUUUUCAGAACUCUGUCAAUUUCAAUAUUUACAUUGGCCAAUAAAUAUUUACCUACUA